GGUGGUCGGUGCGAGGCGGACCGACUUUGUUUGUUGCGACUCGCGAUCUUUCCGUUAUCCCUCACUACUGAGAUUACCGUUAAUUUGUUGUAUAUUUACAGACUGCAAAUUGCGAAGGAAAAAAGAAAUUAGAUCUGCACGAGAAUGGGGAAAAAGGAGAGCUGACAGAAGGUGGGAGAGAGAAAGGAAGAGCAAAAGGGGAUAUAUCAUUCGCUUUUAGUAUAGCAUCUUUUGCCACCUUCUUGCUGUUCGCCUGCCCACCUCAGAUCCAAUUUCCUCCUCUUUCGAGUUCUUCUGGCGGAUCUUUGAAGUAGAUACCUGAGAGGGUGGUGUCACAAUGUCUGGCUCUACAAAAAUUCUUGAUCCUGCAUUUCAAGGAGCUGGCCAAAGAGUAGGUACUGAGAUCUGGCGUAUUGAGAACUUUCAGCCUGUUCCUUUGGCAAAAACUGAUUAUGGUAAAUUCUACUCUGGGGAUUCAUACAUCAUUUUACAGACUACUUCGGGCAAAGGUGGUUCUUACGUCUAUGAUAUUCACUACUGGAUCGGGAAAGACACUAGCCAAGAUGAAGCUGGAACUGCAGCAAUCAAGACGGUUGAAUUUGAUGCAACUCUUGGAGGCCGUGCAGUUCAACACAGGGAGCUUCAGGGUCAUGAAUCUGACAAGUUUUUGUCUUAUUUCAAGCCAUGCAUCAUUCCUCUUGAGGGUGGUGUUGCCUCUGGCUUCAAGAAGCCAGAGGAGGAGAAGUUUGAAAACCGUCUUUAUGUUUGCAAGGGAAAAAGAGUUGUUAGAAUGAAGCUAGUUACAUUUUCCCGGUCUUCACUGAAUCAUGAUGAUGUAUUCAUUUUGGACACUGAAAAUAAAAUAUACCAAUUUAAUGGAGCUAACUCCAACAUCCAAGAAAGAGCUAAAUCUUUAGAAGUGAUACAAUAUUUGAAGGAUAAAUACCAUGAAGGAAAGUGUGAAGUUGCAAUUAUUGAUGAUGGGAAACUUGUAGCAGAGUCUGACUCGGGUGAAUUUUGGGUUCUCUUUGGCGGCUUUGCACCAAUUGGCAAAAAGCCAGCAAGUGAAGAUGAUGCUGUUUUGGAAAAAACUCCACCAAAACUAUAUAGUAUCAAUGAUGGUCAAUUAAAGUUGGAAGAAGGCACUCUUUCCAAAGCCAUGCUUGAAAACAAUAAAUGCUAUUUACUGGAUUCUGGAGCUGAGAUUCAUGUUUGGGUUGGCCGGGUAACACAACUGGAGGAGAGAAAGGCUGCUUGCAAAGCUGCUGAGGAACUUGUUAAUGGUGAGAACCGACCUAAGGCAACCCGAAUAAUCCAAAUUAUUCAGGGUCACGAGACACAUUCAUUCAAGUCCAACUUUGAAUCUUGGCCUCUGAGUAAUGGUACAGGAAGUACUGGUGGUGAGGAUGGAAGAGGAAAAGUUGCAGCUCUGUUAAAACAACAGGGUGUUGAUGUUAAGGGAAGCACAAAAAAUGCUCCUAUAAAUGAGGAGAUUCCGCCUUUGCUUGAAAGCGGUGGGAAAGUUGAGGUUUGGCGAAUCAAUGGCAGUGCCAAGACACGAAUUCCAAAAGAAGAGAUUGGUAAAUUCUAUGGUGGAGAUUGUUUUAUUGUGUUAUACACAUAUAAUUCUGGUGACAAGAAAGAAGAAUAUUUCCUGUCCUGUUGGAUUGGAAAGGAAAGCAUUCAGGAUGAUCAAAUGAUGGCUGCUCGAUUGGCUAAUACUAUGUGGACUUCCAUGAAGGGGAGACCUGUUCAGGGUCGCAUUUUCCAAGGAAAGGAGCCACCGCAGUUCAUUGCUCUCUUUCAGCCAAUGGUUGUUUUGAAGGGCGGUCUAAGCACAGGCUACAAGAAGUUUAUUGCUGAGAAAAAGCUGAAUGAUGAAACCUAUGCCUCUGAUAACAUUGCACUAAUUUGCGUGUCUGGUACUUCAGUACAUAACAAUAAAGCAGUUCAAGUUGAAGCGGUUGCUGCAUCUCUGAAUUCCCAAGAUUGUUUUCUUUUGCAAUCUGGAAAUUCACUUUUCAUUUGGCAAGGGAAUUCAAGCACCUUCGAGCAACAUCAGUGGGCCACCAAAAUUGCAGAAUUCCUUAAGCCUGGGGUUGCACUUAAGCAUGCUAAGGAAGGAACUGAGAGCUCUGCUUUCUGGUUUGCUCUUGGAGGAAAACAAAGUUUUUCCAGCAAAAGAGUUAUGCCCGAUAUUAUUAGAGAUCCUCAUUUAUUUACCUUUUCAUUCAACCAGGGAAAAAUAGAGGUCACCGAAGUGUUCAACUUCUCACAAGAUGAUCUGCUCACAGAGGAUAUACUGAUACUUUGCACCCAUGUUGAAGUCUUUGUUUGGAUUGGUAAUUCUGUUGAAUCCAAGGAAAAACAAAAAGCAUUUGACAUAGGCCAGAAAUACAUAGAUCUUGCAGUGUGCUUAGAUGGGCUAGCCCCAGAUGUUCCCCUUUACAAAGUCACGGAGGGUAAUGAGCCGUGCUUCUUCACAACAUAUUUCUCCUGGGAUAGCACAAAGGCUGCUGCUCAUGGGAAUUCUUUUGAGAAGAAGCUUGCGGUGCUGUUUGGAACCGUUUUUCAUGCUUCAGAGUCCAACGAGAAAUCCAACAAUACAAAUCAAAGUGGACCCACUCAGAGGGCAUCAGCUUUAGCGGCACUAUCUUCUGCUUUUAAUCCUUCUUCGAGAUCUAGAGAUACAGGACCCAAGCAAGUCCGUUCAAGUAAGGGUGGUUCACAAAGAGCAGCUGCAGUUGCUGCUUUGUCAUCUGUUCUAACAGCUGAACAAAAGAAAGCACAAUCUGAAGGUUCUACAGGUCGAAAAAGCAGAACCUCCUCCCCUGAUUCAACUUCUGCUGAAUCAUUGAAGAUGGAGACUCCGAGUUCUGAGACAGAGGAUCCUGUUGAAGUUUCACCAUUAAAGGAGCUUGAAGUGGAUGUAUUUGUAUCAAAGAGCAAUGGCGCCGUCGCGGAAGGUAACCAGGACUCAUAUGUAGAAGAUAACAAUGGUGAGAAAACCUUUAGUUAUGAAAGACUUAAAGCCAAGUCCAGCAAUCCAGUUACUGGCAUUGACUACAAGCAGAGAGAGGCUUACUUAUCCAAUGAAGAAUUCCAGACUGUUCUUGGAAUGACAAAAGAUGCAUUUUAUAGGCAGCCAAAGUGGAAGCAAGACAUGCAAAAACGAAAGCGCUACAGGCAUUCUUUCAUUUGUAAAGAAGGAUCAUUGGUGUUUGGGGUGCUCAGGGUUCUGGGCUUUAGCCCGUUUGUUAUUAUGAAGGGCCCAUAUGUGUAUAUUUUGGGUUUCAUGCAUAUGGGCUGUCUGUGUUGUAAGCCAGCAUAUACAUAUUGUGUGCUGCAUUUAAAACUACAAUGUAAUGCUGUUUAAAUUAUUGCCAGCCAUUUGCUUCGUGCAAUUACAUCUCUGGUUGAGUUUUGUUUA